AAUCCAGUAGAAGUCAGGGUAGAUUUGCACCUUACAGACUAAUUAAAACAGACACCAGGGUAUAUAGUACAAGCUUGUGAGAGCUGAAGCUUACUUCAUCAGAUGCUGGGAACGGAUGUGUAGAAAUCAGAAUAUCAAACAAGUAAUGUCAGACUCCAGCCCUCCCUAGUCAGAAUGAUGGAUUAGCCUUGUGUUGGGUCAACUGGUGCAGUAUGUAAUCAGCUCUGCUUGUUACAGCAGUUGUCUACCUGGCAGAGGCUGUUUAACUCCAUCUCAACUCUGGACCAGGUGAAAUGGUGACUCUCCUGUAUGAACUUGGUCCUGAAACGUAUCACUGGGAACUGAGUAUACUCUGAACUAACUCCCAAUUUUAGGACAGUGUCCUUUGUGAUGCAACAUUGCAGUCUCACUGCAGAACACUCUAGUGAGAGCUGCGUGUAUGUCUUGUGAUGUUGUGAUUCCAGGUCACAAAGCUGUGGGGCUGUAUUCUGAUAUAGGAAAGCUUCUGAACAGCCCAUGCUGGAGGUGGUUAUAGAGCAAUCGUGAUAAAUGCACAAGGAGGGAAGAAAAAUGUGCAUUCCCUGGGAGGAAAAAAGGCUGGGCGUGCACGGUGCUGGCAAAACUGAAGCCAGUGGUAAGGUGAAAAUGUAGAUGUGCAGAUGGAAACCAAAGCCUCUUGCCUCAGCUUUGGUUUCCACAUUACCAAGACCAUGAGGGACUCGAAAUCUACCUGACCAAGUUCUGUGCAGCUUGCUGGCUGCUCCAUUUUAUGAGAUUUAGCUGUGGGUAGGUAGAAGCUUCCAGCCUCUCCAACAUGGAGGUGUGCAGCUCCAUGGAAAUAAUAGUCCUGGCAUCCACUGCUCUAUUUUCAUCUCAGACUGAACUGUGUGGCACGCUAUAUCAGGAGCUGGGGAUUGACUGCAAUGUCUAACAGCUGGAUGCUGUGCUGCUCUUCUAACUGCUGCUUCUUGCUGAAGGUUCUUGUUCUGAGCUAUGAUGUCAGAUGUUACGAUGAAUCUGAAGUCCUUUCAACUUGAACAUGUGGCAGGAGAGAGUGAGCAGCCCUUGCUGCUAAAUUUGAGAUGCCAUUCUAAGGGGUUGGUGGUAAAUGCAUGUGCCCAUGCUGUCUUCUUCUGCAAGCUACUCAACACUAUCAGACAAGAAUGGAGUGAGAAGUCUCCACAGACUGCUGCCAUAGAAUCCAUAGGUUGCAACAGCCUGAAGGUUGGGAUUAUCGGUGGAGGACACAUUGGGAAACAGCUGGUCAGGGCACUGCUGGAUCUAAGUGGCAUCACAGCACAGAACAUCCAUAUCUCCACCAGGAGGCCAGAGAUUUUGUCAGAGCUCCAGCAGCUGGGAGUCGAAUGCUUUUAUGACAAUGGCCAGCUGGUGUCCUGGGCAGAUGUUGUAUUCCUUUGUUGCCUGCCAUCUCACUUGCUGCAUGUCUGCUCAGGAAUACGUGCUACACUCCGUGAACCCUGCCUUGUGUACAGCCUAGUCAGUGCUGUUCCUCUUCCCAGGCUGAAGCAACUCCUUUCCUACAGUGCCAUUGUGAGGCCACAGUACCAGUGUGCAAGCCACAACUUUACAAAUGAAUGGAGGCCUAAUGGGACAAUCACAGCUGCUCUUCAAGACCCUGCUGUUGUGAAGGCAACCUGUCCUGGUAGUCCUAAGGGGAAAGUCACUGUCAAUGCUAAGUGGUUGGAAGCUGUUUUCUACGCAGCCCUGAACAGUUGCAUGUGGCAGCACCUGUCCCACCAGGAGACAUUGAAGUUACUCAAUAGUGUAUGCUUUUCUGAGCCCUGCCAUGUCUGUGUGGAGAAAGAGACUUGCCCCUUGUUUGUGUGUGGGAGCUUUGUCAACCAAACCUUUGCUGCCUCCCUGACUCAACAAGACACCUUUCCGUGGUUUGACCUGACAACUGUACAACUGAAGGAGACCCCCUUUGGCCAGCUCCUAGCAAGGUGUGUGCAUCUCCAGAACCACCUUGCCCAGCUAUAUCAUGCCUCAUUUGAAGCCCACACUGACAGCAGGAUGUCUCUUUGUCCUGCCACAGCAGAUCCCAGUAUGGUGACCUGUCAUGAAUCAAUGUCCACUAUGACCGCUUUGGAUGUGACUGGCACAGAAAGCCUGGAGGAAGUUCCUCACACUGAUUUUGAAACUUCAUAAAGUAGAACCAACCCUCUAUGGAUGGGGCUGCUUUGUUAAAUUUUCUUACUAAAGAGAAUUGUUAUGGAGAUUAAUACCCUUUUCUUAUCAGUUUCCACUGAAGAAAUCCAUCCCAUUUUUGCAUGUGCUAGAGGAACCAUAGUGAGGAUUCUGCAGAAAGAAUAAGACUGGUAUAGCAAAUAACUUUGGCUUGACUGUCACCCUUGGCACAGACCGCUGCAAAAAAGGGUCAAAUUAAAGGGAGAUUGAGCAACUUUCUUACCCGAGUUCUGAAGCACCUGAAAGCUUCCCAUCCUUUAGUCUUCCCUGGUUUGCAGAGGUUAUGGCAACAAUCUCACAGAACGUUAGUUUGGGAUAUUUGAUUUUUACUUUUAGUAGCCCCAGGUUAAGGCUGGUUAUAAAAAAUGCACUAGAAUCAGUUAGCUGAUGACCAGGGCUAUUACUGAACAGUCCUUUAACUCAAGAGUAAACAGGAUAAGGAAAAAGUAGAAAAUGGCAAGUUUUGCUUGCUUUUUAAAUGCUUAGAACAACACUGUGGAUUAGCGACCUCAGUACAAAAUAGUGUUUGCAUCUGAGAGUUCCUGACACCUCUUGGUUGUCUAAUAAACCAGGAGGUUUCAACAUUUUUGGAUCGGUGUACCCCUGGUGGCUGGACAUGGAGCAGUGUACACCCGGUGGUGGAGCAGGGGAGGGAGGGGUGGCGGCACGCAGCUGAACACGGAGUGUCAGUAGCUGCCACGUGCAAGCUUUCUCACUCCCUGCGUCCGGCUGGGCAGCAAUGCAGGAUGGUGCAUGGUGGCACUCCAUCCCCGCCCACCUGCACAUAACACCUAGGGCCUUCUCAAAUACCCCGGGUUAACAACCUGAGUAAUAAACCAAUACUUAAAUGUCAUCUUGUCCUAAUCCCUCAGUUCAAUUAAACUGCUGGAUUUUUCUCUGUGGAAGCAGUUUAGGAUCUUUUAAUGGCUUCAGUCCCAACCCACAUGGAUUUUAAUCUAAUCAAAUCUCUCAAAUUACGUGGGAUUAGGUUGUUCAUUAUUUGGCUGGGGGGGUGGAGAGGGGGAAGGGGAGUGUUUCUCAAAUAAACCCCUGCUGAUGAUGAUUCAGUCAGGAAUACUUUUUCCUUUGGAUCAAGACUAAACCAACAUGCAGUGUAGUACUUUGGUGCAGAAGGUGCUACUUGUAAGACUGUGAUUUACAUUGCAAGGCUCACUUGCAUAAAAGAUUGCCCAAUGCUUUUCUCCCAAACAAGGGUGAUGCCCUAGUAUCCUGCCCAGUCCAUCAAAUCAAUUCUCACUCCUAACAUUCUCUCUUCAGUCUCAGUUAUA